AUGGCGCCUCCUCCACCCUUCGCCGUAGAACAGGUAGGCAGCCCUGCUCAGCACCAUUGCCAUCAUCAUAUGCAAGCCAGCCAGCCAGUUGACAGUCUGACCAGUGGAUGGACGAGCACGAGACCGAAUGUAAAUACAACAUAGCGGAAACCUGCUGCGCCAGUCUCUCCAUCAACGACCUGCUCGCUCUCUCCGAAAACAAAUCCAUCAAGGCCAGCGAUCUCCUCGAGCUAGACGCUCCCCAAACUUACGGCGCCAUACGCGGUGACCCCACUCUCAGAGAAAAUCUCAGCCGUCUCUACAGCAGCAAAGUCGGCACAGCUCUCUCCCCAGAGAAUGUCCUCAUCACACCCGGAGCAAUCGCCGCCAACCACCUCGUCUUCUACGCCCUCAUCCAUCCCGGAGACCAUGUCAUCUGCCACUACCCAACUUACCAACAACUCUAUUCCGUCCCCGAAUCCCUCGGAGCAGAAGUCUCCCUCUGGAAAUCCAACCCAGAGAACAAAUGGCACCCGGACCUCGAGGACCUGAAAUCCAUGGUGAAAGAGACCACCAAACUCAUCGUCCUCAACAAUCCCCAGAAUCCCACCGGAGCCAUCCUCCCCAAGAAACUCCUCCACGAGCUGGUCGAUUUCUGCGAAUCGAAGGGCAUCACCAUCCUCUCGGAUGAAGUCUACCGUCCUCUCUUCCACGGCAUCACACCCAUGGACGAGGAUUUCCCCCCUUCCAUCAUGUCGUUAGGAUACAAGAACACCAUCGUAACAGGCAGCAUGUCCAAGGCGUACUCGCUGGCUGGAAUCCGCGUCGGAUGGGUAGCGAGUCGCAGUCCGACGAUCGUAGCCGAACUGGCCAGAGCGAGAGAUUACACUACCAUUUCCGUCUCCCACCUGGAUCAGGCAGUUGCGGCUUUCGCCCUGUCGCCGGAUACGAUUCAUUCGCUGCUCAGUCGGAAUAUCCAGCUGGCCAAGGCGAAUCUGGAAUUGCUGCAGAGGUUUGUCGUGAAGCAUGAUGAGUUUUGCUCGUGGACGAAGCCCGUGGCGGGCACGACGGCGUUCAUCAAGUUCGAGAGGGACGGAAAGCCGAUCAAUGCGGAAGCGUUAUGUAGGGAUGUGCAAGAGAAGACGGGUGUCAUGCUUUUGCCCGGUGAUGUGGGAUUUGGUGGAGAGUUCAAGGGCUAUGUGAGAUUUGGAUACGUGAACCGGACGGAGAUUGUGAAGGAGGCUUUGGAGGAGUUGAGGAAGUAUAUGAGGAAAGAGUACGAUGAUGUACCGCUCAGUGAGUAG